AUGAGUCAGUUGCGCCAACACGCGUUCCAACGGUUGCGUCCCCCAUGUGUCGAGCUCAGCUCUACUGCACUCCGGUUCAAAGCCAACCAAGCCUCUACAAAGGCCGUGCUGCUUGACUUGGAACCCGUACAUGAUGUCCUGCGGUCACUGGGCGGUGAGAACCUGCUUGACGAGAAGCUGGCCGAGUAUGCCUUCUUUCCACUCACGCAUAUUUUCAAUCAAUCCCGGCGGUUGCCUUCUCAUGUCCUAGAAGUGGCUGUCAGGUGCGUGGAGAUCCUAGUCUCACAAGGAUGGAGAGACAGAGUUCUGCCGGAGAUGGCGAGGCAGCUCCUAAUUCUCAUGGGACUAUUGGUCUCUCCAACCCCCAAUCAGCAGAGUGAGCCUGCCACGGAAGAGCUGAAGUGUGCCUCCUAUGACUGCAUCCACGCCGUGAUAGCCCAGAUUGCACGUGGCGAGAAGAAGGUCCUUGACGAGGUCGGUGACAAGAAUAUUGUCGACCAACUCGUGUAUCAGCUGCUUCAAGCGAUCGCAGAGUCCAGCUCGGAGAUGGUUCAAAUCAGUGCAGCUCACGCCCUCCUAGCGGUGGACUCUGCCAUCGCAGACUGGACGCUUCUCGCGAGCUUGUUACCUCGUACUGUUUCAACCUUGGUGAAAGUGCUGCGCCCAAGCACUCAAGCCCGGCGUACGCGGAAAGUCCUCGUGGCUUACCUAGAACUCCUGGCAUUGGUUCUCAAGAGGACCCUGUCUGACGAAGUUGUCAAGGAACACGUCGGUGAGGGCGGUGGGGAAAUGGCAAAAGCAGAAAAGUCACAAGGGUCCCCUAUCCUAGAGAAGUCGUGGCUCGAUGCUACAACGCCGCAAGUCGAUCUAGCCUUGGUCCAAGUGGUCAAGCUUAGAACACAUGAUGGGUCAGACGUUGCUCGGGCACUUCUCGAUCUUUGCCUCCUGGUUCUCGAGGAUUGUUCACGAACCCUGGCGGUUUCUGCACCCCUGAUGGUGGAAACCCUGGUUGUUCUUUGUCGGUCCUCGGAUUCCUCCCGGGCUGAGGCCAACCUUAGGCAUCUUGUCACAUCGCGACCCGAGAUAGCGGACAUGCUGAGCGGUAAAUUCUAUGAUUGGGCUCAAGCACUCCCACGGGUAAUGCAAGGCCAUGAUGACAGACCAAAGCAGCAGAUGCUCGGUCAAGUUGCGACAUCAUUCGUGGCCUUGACAGAGUCUUGGAAUGCUACUGAUGAGUUGGGCUCUAGAAUAGCAGCUAUCCUUGUUGAUAGUGUCGCAGCGGCUAUCGAAUCCAGUUCGAAGAAAACAAAACUGAUCGACGAGACAGCUCCAACACGUCUAAUUGAUCUCGCCGAUCGAACCAUGCAGAUAGAUCAAGACUUCCAGCCUAUACUCCUGAGCCACCAGAGUCAGCAGUCUUCCACAAAAGAGAUACUGGACUUUGUGGGCUAUCUCAAGCCCCAGUCAUCUAGCCGAAGCAUAACACGCAGCAUCAUCAAUCAGACUCUGGAUCCUGACAACAACAGGAGGCUCGCUGCUACGUGGCUGGGGCUGGCUUUUCUGCGAUCUUCCGGACAUGAUAUCGCCGAUCUCGAGGACUUUGUGGAAGACCAUUCCUCGGAGACGAAUUUGCAACUUUCCCGGCCCUUCCUUAUCUCGGAUUUGUAUGCCAUGACAUUGCCAAGUCUACUGCAGUAUCCCGACUCCAAAGCUGAAGGGGUUGCAGAUUGGAGACUCGUGGCGACAGCUUUGGAGUCCCUAACGCUGCAAGCAUCGCAACUCGGCCGAUCCUACCGGGUCGAGUUGAUGGAAACACUCUUUCCGUUAUUGAGUCUAUUCAGAGAUGACAACGUUAUACUUCAACGCCACACGGUCACCGCGUUGAACCUGCUGGCAACUGCGUGUGAGUACGAGUCAGCAGCCCAGAUGCUGGUCGACAAUGUGGAUUAUCUAGUCAACGCUGUCGCCCUCCGCUUGAAUGCUUUCGAUGUGUCUCGUGACAGUUUGCAGGUUCUCGCCAUGAUGAUCAAGCUGUGUGGUGCCAGGCUGUUACCACACCUUGAUGAUCUUAUUGACAGCAUGUUUGGAGCUCUCGACAACUUUCAUGGCUAUCCAAAUCUUGUCGAGCAUAUAUUUACCAUUCUGAAGAUGAUGGUUGAGCAGAGUUCCAAAACGCCCGACAUGCUUGCUAUCGGACCCGAUCGGAGACAGGAAGCAUAUCCAGCUGUAGUCAUUCGCGUAUCCAAGGUGGACGAUAUCUUGAACGACCUCAGAGCGCGCAAGGAGAGGAGGACGAAGUCACGUGAAGAUCAGGAGGCGAUCACCACAGCGCCCCAUCGACCAUGGUCGAGAGCUCUUGAUGGACCACGUGAUGGUGCGGAAGGCGAGUCUUCAGAUGUCGAGAACAGUGAAGAGGAGGAGCAACCGCUGGCAGACAGAGGCAGCGACAAGGAGCCCGCAUUAUCUAAAUCUCACCAGCUGCUUCUCAGUAUUGCCCAGUCAGCAGUCCCUCAUGUGUCAUCCCCGUCUCCACAGGUACGGCUCACGUUGCUCCAGCUAUUGGAAGAGGUAUGUCCCUUGCUGGCGCGGCACGAGGAUUCCUUCCUGCCUCUGGUGAAUUCUGUGUGGCCUGCAAUUGUCCCCCGGCUCCUGGGCAAAAAUGAAGACACUUCACACGACAUGCCUUACACUGUGCAAGCCGCGGCCGAUACAAUAUCUGUCAUGUGUCGGGCAGCAGGCAGCUUCAUGUCCAGCCGCGUUGAAGACAUAUUUUCGGAGGUGGAAGCGCUCUUCAACAGAGUUUAUUCGGCGGCUACAUCGUCCAGAACGCCUCAACAAAGGCCUACGUCGGCAAAGCCAGGCGUGAAGGCAAUGGAUUUAGCUGGAUCUUCUGAUGGACCGAACAUACAGCUCCAACGAGAUCAAGAGCGAGACAGUCGCCUUGCUUUGAGCCAUCACCGCAGCACCGUCAUGACCUCGAAUGGCCGGAUCCUUGAAUCUCUUGUGGCAUUAUUGACUUCUAUCUUGCGACACGUUCGAACAUCAGAAGACAACGUCGACAGAAUCUUCGAAAUGCUUGCCCCACUGAUGCACAUGCCCGGGAAGGAAGGGUUGCGGGAGGCUUUGAAAGAUUACAACGAAGACGCUAUCUGGCUGAUUGAGCAGCGCGUGAACAACUGA